GGCAGGUUAUUAUAUGGACACAGAGGAUGAAACGGAAUCACAAGAGCCAUUGCUGGAGUUGAGGACAAAGAAAGGGUAUAUUUUUGGGUCUAUAAAACAAUGGGCAAAGAGAGCCGAGUCCGAGUGAACAAUGGCCUUGACAAUGGAAUUGGCGACCGUGCCGGGGACAAUGGGAGUGCCGACAUUGUAACAGCAACUCCUGACUGUCGCGCACAAGACGGACGGCAACGCCACAUUGCGAGGACCAACAGCAUCGGGCAAGUGGUCAUGGUGAUCUUGAGAAGGACGUUAGCUACAUGCCUUCUGACACGCAAAGGUAGACGUGAGAAUAAGUGAAAAAGGGAGGGAAGAUGGGAUCAGUGAGCUAAGCAGUUUCUCAAC